CUGGGGUCACUCCAGCAUGGCUCUGGAUUCCACUUUUGCUUUCUCAAGUCCCUAAGUCCUGGGCCUUGCCAGGGACCUUCCCCUGCCUGGGUCCUUCCUGUCUUGGUGUUGCACAAGGCCUGCAGCUGCCUCCCUGACCAGCCUCCGGGCUGGACAGUAGCGCCAAGGCUUUGGGAGAAGAGGAAGCAGCCCCUGAGAUUGGAUCCUCCUUUCUUGAGCCGGCAGAUCCCCGGGGGCCAGCUGUGCCGAGAGCUCCUGGACUGUCUUCCUGCUCUGCUCCCCGCAGGUCCACGGUCCACUCCCUGCCGUGGAGCAGAUUGGCCAGCCAUAGCAGGUGGGGACAGAGGCCUGGACUCUCCGCAGGCGCUGGGGCUGAAGUGCUUGGAGGUGUCCUUAGGAGGCCCCUGUGUACCCGGCCAGCCCGGUGCACACCACCCUCUUAGGCACCAGAACCAGCUCAAGACCCUGCUAUGGGCUUCCUGCUGCAGCUUCUCCUCCUGGCUGCCAUCUUCCCGCCAGGGUGGGCCUCCUGGGGCGUCUCCAGCCCCCAGGAAGUGCCAGGCGUGAAGGGGUCCUGCCUGCUCAUCCCCUGCGUCUUCAGCUUCCCUGCCGACGUUCAGGUGCCCGACGGCAUCACAGCCAUCUGGUACUACGACUACUGGGGCAAUCGGCAGGUGGUGGUCCACACGGGCGACCCCAAGCUGGUGGAGGCGCGCUUCCGCGACCGCGCCCAGCUGUUGGGGCGCCCCGAGCACAAGGUGUGCAACCUGCUGCUGAGGGACCUGCAGCCCGAGGACUCCGGCUCCUACAACUUCCGCUUCGAGAUCAGUGAGACCAACCGCUGGUUAGAUACGAAAGGCACCUCGGUCACAGUGACGGAGAAGCCCAGGGCCCCCACCAUUACCUCCCCGGCAAUGCUGCUCGAGGGCUCACAGGUGGACUUCAACUGCUCCACGCCCUACGCCUGCCAGCCAGAGCAGAUCAGCCUGCAGUGGCAAGGCCAGGACGCCACUCGCUCUGUCAUCUCCAGUCUCCAGAACCUCGAGCCCACCGGCAUCACCCACAUGGAGACCCUCCACAUGGCCCUGUCUUGGCAGGACCACGGCCGGACGCUGCGCUGCCAGCUCUCGGUGGCCGACCACAGGAUCCAGAGCGAGAUUCACCUCCAAGUGCAGUAUGCCCCCAGGGGCGUGGAGAUCUUCCUCAGCCCCUCGGGGCAGAACAUCCUUCCAGGUGACCUGGUCACACUCGCCUGCCAGGUGAACAGCAGCUACCCCAGAGUCAGUUCCAUCAAGUGGCUCAAGGAUGGGGAGCAACUCGAAGCCGAGGGUCUGGUGCUGCAGUUGCCCCGGGCAGCCUGGAGCGAUGCUGGCGUCUACACCUGCCAAGCUGGGAAUGGCGUGGGUUCUUCCACCUCCCCUCCCCUCAGCCUCCACGUCCUCAUGGCUGAGAUCCAGGUGAGCCCAGCAGGCCCCAUCCUGGAGAACCAGACGGUGACACUGGUCUGCAGCACACCCAAGGAGGCGCCCAGCAAUCUCCGCUACAGCUGGUACAAGAACCAGGUCCUGCUGGAGGAUGUCCACUCCCCUACCCUCCAGCUGCACUCCGCCACCAGGGCCGACACCGGCUUCUACUUCUGCGAGGUGGGGAACGCCCAGGGCAGCGAGCGCUCAGGCCCUGUCAGCGUGGUGGUCAGCCACCCUCCCCUUGCUCCGGACCUGACUGCCUUCCUGGAGACACAGAUGGGGCUUGUGGGCAUCCUUCACUGCUCCGUGGUCAGCGAGCCCCGGGCCACGCUGGUGCUGUCCCAUGGGGGCCUUAUCCUGGCCUCCACCCCCGGGGAGAGUGACUACAGCUCACGCUUCAGGGUCUUCUCUGCUCCCAACUCCCUGCGCCUGGAGAUCCGAGACCUGGAGCCAGCUGACAGUGGGGAGUACAAGUGCUUGGCCACCAACUCCCUUGGAAAUGCGACCUCCACCCUGGACUUCCAUGCCAAUGUGGCCCGCGUGCUCCUCAGCCCGGCAGCAGAGGUGGUGGAGGGGCAGGCGGUGACGCUGAGCUGCAGGAGCGGCCUGAGCCCCGGGCCCGACACCCGCGUCUCCUGGUACCUGAACGGAGCGCUGCUGCUCGAGGGGCCCCACAGCAGCCUCCUGCUCCCUGCGGCCUCCAGCAGCGACGCCGGCUCAUACCACUGCCGCGCCUGGGACGGCCACAGCGCCAGCGGGCCCUCGUCGCCGGCCGUCCUCACCGUGCUCUACGCCCCUCGCCAGCCCACGUUCUCCACCCGGCUGGACCCUGACGCUGCUGGGGCCGGGGCUGGACGGCGAGGCCUCCUCUUGUGCCGCGUGGACAGCGACCCCCCAGCCUUGCUGCGGCUGCUCCACAACGACCGUGUUGUGGCCACUUCCCUGCCAUCGGGGGGUGGCUGCAGCACCUGCGGGGGCUGUUCCCCACGCAUGAAGAUCACCAAAGCCCCCAACUUGCUGCGCGUGGAGAUCGCAGACCCGGUGCUGGAGGAUGAGGGCGUGUACCUCUGUGAGGCCAGCAACACCCUGGGCAACGCCUCCGCCUCGGCCACCUUCAACGCCCAGGCCACGGUCCUGGUGGCCACGCCGUCGGACACGGUGCUGGAGGGCGCAGAGGCCAACCUGACCUGCAAUGUGAGCCGGGAAGCCGCCGGCAGCCCCGCCAACUUCUCCUGGUUCCGGAAUGGGGCGCUGUGGGCCCAGGGCCCCCUGGAGACCAUGACACUGCUGCCUGUGGCCAGGACCGACGCUGCCCUCUACGCCUGCCGAAUCCUCACCGAGGCUGGAGCCCAGCCGUCUGCUCCCGUGGUCCUGAGUGUCCUCUAUCCCCCUGACCCUCCAAAGCUGUCGGCCCUGCUGGAUGUGGACCAGGGCCACAUGGUCGUGUUUGUCUGCACUGUGGACAGUCGCCCCCUUGCCCAGCUGGCCCUAUUCCAUGGGGAGCGUCUCCUGGCCACCAGCCUGGGACCCCAGGUCCCCUCUGGUGGCCGGCUCCAGGCCAAGGCCAUGGCCAACUCCCUGCAGCUAGAGGUCCGGGAACUGAGCCUUGAGGACUCUGGCAGCUACCGCUGCGAGGCCACGAAUGUUCUCGGAUCGGCCAACACCUCACUCUUCUUCAAAGUUCGAGGAGCCUGGGUCCAAGUGUCCCCAUCACCUGAGCUCCGAGAGGGCCAGGCCGUGGUCCUGAGCUGCCAGGUACCCACAGGAGUCCCCGAGGGCACCUCAUACCACUGGUAUCGGGAUGGCCAGCCCCUCCAGGAGUCGACCUCAGCCACGCUCCGCUUUGCAGCCGUAACUUUGGCACAAGCUGGGGCCUACCACUGCCAAGCCCAGGCCCCAGGCUUGGCCAGCACAAGCCUGGCCGCCCCCGUCAGCCUCCACGUGUCCUAUGCCCCACGCCAGGCCACGCUUACCGCCCUGAUGGAUACAGGCCCUGGGCGCCUGGGCCUCCUCCUGUGCCGUGUGGACAGCGACCCUCCGGCCCAGCUGUGGCUGAGCCACGGGGACCACCUCGUGGCCUCCACCCUACAAGGCGUGGGGGAACUUGCAGGCAGCUCUCCCCGGCUGCAGGCGGCUGUGGCCCCCAACACACUGCGCCUGGAGAUCCACAAGGCGGUGCUGGAGGACGAGGGCGUCUACACCUGCGAGGCCACCAACACCCUGGGCAACGCCUCUGCCUCGGCCGACUUCAAUGCCCAGGCGGUGAGUGUGCAGGUGUGGCCCGGGGCCACCGUGCAGGAAGGGCAGCUAGUGAAUCUGACCUGCCUUGUAUGGACCACCCGCCCGGCCCAGCUCACCUACAUGUGGGACCAGGAUGGGCAGCAGCGCCCGGGUGCCCGCUCUAUCCUCCUGCCCAACGUCACAGUCUCAGACGCUGCCUCCUACCGCUGCGGUGUGGGGCUCCCUGGCCAGGCACCCCGCCUCUCCAGAUCUGUCACCCUGGACGUGCUCUACGCGCCCCGCACCCUGCGCCUGACCUACCUGCUGGAGAGCCGUGGCGGGCGGCUGGCCCUGGUACUGUGCACUGUGGACAGCCGUCCGCCUGCCCAGCUGGCCCUCAGCCAUGCUGGCCGCCUCCUGGCCUCCUCGACUACAGCAUCUGUCCCCAACACCCUGCGCCUGGAGCUGCGGGAGCCACAGCCCAGGGACGAGGGUCUCUACAGCUGCUCCGCCCACAGCCCUUUGGGCCAGGCCAACACGUCCCUGGAGCUGAGGCUAGAGGGUGUGCGAGUGACCCUGACUCCAUCGGCUACCGUGCCUGAGGGGGACCCCAUAACAGUGACCUGCGAGGACCACGCUGCCCACCCGCCCACCCUCUAUGCCUGGUACCACAAUGGCCGUUGGCUGCAGGAGGGACCCACCACCUCGCUCUCGUUCCCGGCGGCCACACGGGCUCACGCAGGCGCCUACUCCUGCCAGGCGCAGGACGCACAGGGCACCCGCAGCUCCCGGCCUGCUGCCCUGCAAGUCCUCUAUUCCCCUCGGGAUGCUGUCCUGUCCUCCUUCCGGGACUCGAGGGCCAGGCCCCCUAGGGUCAUGGUACAGUGCACCGUGGACAGCGAGCCACCUGCUGAGCUGACCCUGUCUCGAAAUGGCAAGGUGCUGGCUGCUAACUACGGGGUCCACAGCUCUGCGUCAGAGACAGGCUAUAUCCAGGUGGCCCGAAACGCCUUGCGGCUGCAGGUACAAGAUAUGCCCACGGGUGAUGAUGACGCCUAUGUUUGCACAGCCCGAAACUUACUGGGCUCAGUCAGCACCAGCGGGCAGCUGCAGGUGGAAGGCGUGCGUGUGGUGGCCGAGCCAGGCCUGGACGUGCCUGAGGGCACCGCACUGAACCUCAGCUGCCGGCUCCUUGGUGGCCCCGGGCCCCUGGGCAACUCCACCUUUGCGUGGUUCCGGAAUGGCCGGCGACUGCACGCGGAGCCUGUGCCCACACUUGCCUUCACCCACGUGGCCCGGGCCCAAGCCGGGGUGUACCACUGCCGCGCUGAGCUCCCCACUGGGGCUGCCGCCUCUGCUCCAGUCAUGCUCCGUGUGCUCUACCCUCCCAAGACGCCCACCAUGACGAUCUUUGUGGAGCCUGAGGGAGGCCUCCAGGGCAUCCUGGACUGCCGAGUGGACAGCGAGCCCCUUGCCAGCCUGACCCUCCACCUUGGCAGUCGGCUGGUGGCCUCCAGCCAGCCCCAGGGCGCUCCUGCUGACUCCCACAUCCACGUCUCUGCCUCUCCCAAUGCGCUGAGGGUGGACAUCGAGGAGCUGAGGCCCAGUGACCAGGGGGAAUACGUGUGCUCUGCCUCCAAUGGCCUGGGCUCUGCCUCUGCCUCCACCUACUUUGGGGCCAGAGCCCUGCACCGCCUGCACCUGCUGCAGCAGCUGCUCUGGGUCCUAGGGCUGCUGGCGGGUGUCCUGUCCCUGCUGUUGGGCCUGGGUGCCUGCUACGCCUGGAGAAGGAGGCGUUUUCAGAAGCUGAGCACAGGCGAGAAUUCGGUGGAGAUGGUUUCUCAGAAAGAGACCACACAGGAGGACGAGGUUGCCAUAGCUAUGAUGACUCGGCCCGUCAACGUGAGCGAGGCAGCGUUGCGUCCCGCCUGCCUCUGUGAAAACAGCUCCAGGACAUCUGGCUUUUUAUGAUCUGGUUCCAAGCCUCUCGCCCCCAAGGAAAACGGGUGGUGAGAGUGGGCACAGACCCUGGCCUACCCGGGAACGUGCUGACCUCAGGGGACUCUGAAGAGAAGCAAGUGGGCAUCCCCUUCUCUUGCUCUUCUCCACACCUCCUCUCUCCUCUCCAAAGGGGGCCUUGCCCCUUCACAUCUCCCUCCCCAAAGCUCCCCCUGAACUUUCUGGAUGGAUUAGAACAGAAAAGGAGCAUUCCGUGUCCUCUGGCUCACCAAACACUCUGUAUUAGGCAGAGGAUAAGUCAAGAUUUGCUCUAACAAGAGACCAAAUACAUGAUCCAAUUUUAUUUUCCUCUCCCAUACCAGUCUGGCUAUGUAAUGGUGGUUUAAGGUACUGGGAUCCUUCUAUCGUACUUUUCUUUCAUCCCUAAAAUGUUGCCUUUGAUUGUGAGGUUCACCCAUGGCCCCGCUGUGCUCACACUCAAUCCAGCCAGAAGAGGGAAGAGUGGAAGUAUUAAUAGACGGCGCACCCACCCCUGCCAUGGACACAACCCAGGAGUUGCACAUGUCACUUCCAUUGGUUAGAGUUUACCCUCAAGGCCACGCCAAGCUGCAGGGGAGGCUGGGAAAUUUAGUUUUUAUUCUGAGUCCAGAGGAUGUUUGGAAAUUCUAUUUUCAAAGGACUCCCAACUAUGGACUCAUGCCUGGAACAUUUGACAUUGAUGGGAAUGCCACCAGCAGGCCAUGUUCUGUCAUGGUGCCCAUCUGCUGAAGGUCAGGGCAUGCCCCUGGCCAUUCUGGUUAUGGGCUUCCUGGAGGGGGCAUCCCUCUCGCACAGUACAACUGAGGAAAUCAAGUAGGUCUGGUGGUCCCCUGGGAGAGGCAUGCCAGGCAUGCCUAAUCUGGCCCCUGGAAGAAAAGGUUCCCCCGUUCCCACUAUCCCCACCUCCAGGAGCGUGGCAAUGCCUUACCAGCUCUUCCAAGUGCAGAGAGCAGACAUGGGUGUUGUCAGCAUCCUCGUUUCUGCCCCAGAUGCUUCCUCUCCAUGACCAAGUGAACGCUUGUCCUUUUCCCAGAGGCCCAUGUGCCAGGGGCUGCUGAAGACAAUAAGAGUUAUCGAGAAGGAAUAAAGAGCUUUUGGGAAAUCAUGGAAUGAGGGGGCCAGUUCUCGAGCAGAAUCAUCACUCCCCUUGCAGUGUAGUAGCAGAUGGUGGGAGGAGCAGAGAGCCCACCCCUCUAGGAUUUGGGCUGAGAAACAGAGAGAGUAGUGGGGAGUUGGCAGAGGAGCCAAUAGGCUGGGAAGACACUGGGGGCCAGGUGAGCUUUGUGUAGCCUCGGCUACACCCUCCUUCAUCCCUGGCCCCAUUCCUUUCCGUGUCCAACUGCCACACUCUUCCUGGGAGCCUCUCAAGCAUGUCCUUCCAAUAAACUUCCAUCCUAUGA